AUGGGAAUCCCAACAGAGCAAGCUCACAGGGUGGUCAGCAGGGUUCAACAAGAGAAACAGAACCACAUCAUCAUAGAAGUUUUAUUGGACAGGGCUGCCUUAGACCUUGCAUGGUGGGGGGAGAAGGCACUUGGCUUACGACCUGGUGAAGCCGAAGAUCUCGUAGGGGCUGAGGUCUGGGUGCUGCCUCGUGCCAGCGAGGAGAGCCAACCGAUCAGCUAUAAUGUGCUAGAGUUACCACCAUGCCUGGAGCUCUGCGCUGUCCUUCAGAGCGUGAAAACCGUGGCCGCUGCUUCAGUGUUGUCUUCCAGAGCUCAUGCAACACUAAAACCGUGGAGGAUUCUAGAAAACAGAUCCUGUUUAGCUGAGUUGCCACAAUACAAAGUCACCACACUGCCCCAUUGGUCCAAGGCAUUAAAGUGCCGGGACCCUCUGGGCUUGUUUCGGGCUGGCCUGACCUUACUGCAAUUCGCAGCCACAAAAGGCAACAUGCCAGUGCUGCCAUUCCUAAUGGAGGACCUGGAGGAUGAGGUGCUAGACUGUGUGACAGGCUGACUAGGAAGAACUGCGUUUCCCUGGGCUGCAGAGCAUGGGCAGCUGGAUGCUCCGGACCUCUCCGUGGGCUCUGGCUGUGACCACAGUGUCAAAGACGAGGAACUCUCCAGCGGGUCCCCAGGACCUGCAAGGGUCCGUGAUCCCACUGACCCUUCAGGAACCCCUCUCCUUACAGUAGGGAACACAGCCCUUCACCUGGCCGCCCACCUGGCUAUGCAGCAGUGACGCGUGGCCGUCAGGCUGGACCUGAAGGAGAAGAAUGCAGAGCAGGGACGGGAGAGCUCAAAGAGCCCGGCAGCCCCAGCAAGGGUGGUGACCUCCGCCUUCGGCUCUGGCCUCAGCCUCCUGCUGCCCUCACACCACCCCUCUGGGUGUCAGGAAGGUCUGAUCCACCUCACCUGUGUGCAGCCCCUCCUAGGGGCGGGGAGGAGCGCUAACACCCUCACCCAGGCAGCUGGGCGCCCCCAGGACCAAAAAAACCAGAGCUGCCUCCACUAUACAGCCCUUGGUGGCUCCAAGGACUUGGUCUGGGCCCUCAUCCAGGCAGGAAGCAGUACUGAUGUGGCUGAUCAUCAGGGCGCCGCUCCUGUGCAUCUCGCCGUGAGGCACAACGUCACUGGCCUGCUGCAGGGCCUUAUGGACGCCCCAGUGAUCUGGACACUGUUGACAAUAGAAAGGAAACAGACACCCCUCCAACUUGCCGCCGAGCACGCCUGGUGGGACAUAGCAGAGAUGCUCCUCAUCACUGGGGUUAACUUAAACCUAAGAGAUAAGCAAGGAAAACCUGCCCUGUCAGUGGCUGCCCGCAGCAACCCCAGCAGCCUGGUGGACAUGAUCACAAAAGCUGAUCACUUCUACGAAUGGGAGAAGGACCUCUGUAACCCCUCUGGGAAGAGUUUGACCAUUAUGCAGGACCAUCAGCGGGAAACACAGCCUCUCUGCCCAGUGCUGUGGCAACUGGCUUCCCAGUACCUGCGGCCCCACACGUGGAAGAAGCUGGCGUCCUGCUGGGAGUUCACCAAGGCCCACGUCCAAGCCAUAGAGCAGCGGUGGACAGGAACCAGGAGCUAUGGGGAACACAGGCACAUGCUGCUCAUCUGGCCACACAGUGUGGUGAGCACCACCAGCGCGCUGUUCAAGGGCCUCGUGGCCAUUGCAGGAGGGUCCUGA